UUUCUGGUUUUCUUUCUGUUGUUGAUGGAUAAUAGGAUUGUUUUCUCGGAUUCUAACGAGAUCAGCAAUGGAAGUAGUACUUGCUGCAUAGAAACUCCCUCAAGUUCAAAGCCUUUUACAAACCCAGAAAUUGCAGCUCUUCAACAACUAUCAGGAAACCUUGAAACAAUCUUUGACUCCCAAGAUUUUGACUACUUUGCUGAUGCCAAAAUCACAAGCUCCAAUUACAACCAUGAAGUCCCAGUUCACAGGUGCAUUUUAUCUGCGAGAAGUCCUUUUUUCAAGAGUGUUUUCUCGAGUCCUGUGGCUAAAGACAGAAGUGGGGUAGCAAAGUUUGAAUUGAAGGAAUUGGCUAAGGACUAUGAUGUUGGAUUUGAUUCACUUAUGACAGUCUUGGGUUAUUUGUAUUGUGGGAAAGUGAGGCCUUGGCCUAAAGAUGUUUGUGCUUGUGUGGAUGAUGAUUGUUCCCAUAUUGCUUGCAGGCCUGCAGUGGAUCUCCUGACUGAGGUUCUUUAUGCCUCUUUUACAUUCCAGGUUAAUGAGUUGGUGGCUCUUUAUCAGAGGCACCUAUUAGACAUUCUUGACAAGGUUUCAGCUGAUGACAUCUUGGUGAUUCUAGCAGUUGCAAACAUAUGCGGUGAAGCUUGUGAGAGAUUGCUAACAAGAUGCGUUGAGAUUAUUGUGAAAUCAAAUGUUGAUAUUGUUACUCUGGAUAAAGCCUUGCCGCAGUACAUUGUGAAGAAAAUCAUGGAUUCUCGUUUGGAACUUGGUUUGAAUGUGCCUGGGAACAGUAACUUACUAGAUAAACAUGUAAAGAGAAUACAUCGGGCUCUGGACUCGGAUGAUGUUGAGCUAGUUAGAAUGCUACUGAAAGAGGCACAUACUAAUCUAGAUGAUGCGCAUGCACUCCACUAUGCUGUUUCAUACUGUGAUGCAAAGACUACAACUGAGAUUCUUGAUCUUGGAUUAGCUGAUGUUAACUGCAGAAAUUCAAGGGGUUACACCGUGCUGCAUGUUGCUGCAAUGCGGAAAGAUCCUAAGAUUAUAGUAUCUCUCUUAACGAAGGGAGCUCGGCUGUCAGAUCUUACUUUAGAUGGUAGGAAGGCUCUGCAGAUAUCAAAACGACUUACAAGGGCCACGGAUUAUCAUAAGUCAACAGAGGAAGGAAAAGCUUCUCCCAAGGAGCGCUUGUGUAUAGAAAUAUUGGAACAAGCAGAAAUGAGGGAUCCAUUACUUGGAGAGGCUUCUCUUUCUCUUGCUAUGGCUGGUGAUGACCUGAGAAUGAAAUUGUUGUACCUCGAAAAUAGAGUUGGACUGGCAAAACUCCUUUUUCCCAUGGAAGCAAAAGUUGCGAUGGAUAUUGCUCAAGUUGAUGGUACUUCUGAGUUUCCAUUUGGUGGCACCAGGCCCAGCAUCUUGUCUGGUGCACAAAGGGGAGCUGUGGACUUGAACGAGGCACCUUUCAGAAUGCACGAGGAGCAUCUAAAUAGGAUGAGAGCACUCUCUAGAACAGUGGAACUUGGGAAACGGUUUUUCCCACGUUGCUCAGACGUACUCAACAAAAUCAUGGAUGCUGAUGACCUAUCACAGAUAGCUUAUUUAGGGAAUGAAACUUCAGAGGAACGACUUGUGAAGAGACAGAGACACCUUGAGCUCCAGGAAGCUCUAAGCAAGGCAUUCAAUGAAGAUAAACAAGAGUUCGACAGGUCUGUCAUAUCAUCUUCAUCAUCCACCAAGUCAAUUGGCACGGCGAGGUCUAAUGGUAAGCUUAUUGACAAGGGUGGUGAUCAUUAGGCCUAAUCCUGUUCUCCUUUAUGAUAUGGUUUUAAUGUUUACCUUGAUAAUAAUACCUUGAAUUCUGUAUCUUCUGAAUUCUAAACACACAUCAUGGGUUGGUUAUCCAGAAAGAAAGGGAAAUAGUUUUUAGUUUCUUGCGAACUUGGUAGAAACACUGAGCAGCUUAUUUCCCAAUUAACAACCAGUCAAGCUUGUCUUGAUUUGCUUCUUUUUUA